UGUUUUGAUUGAAUAACGCGAAUGUAAAGAGUUUUGUACAGAAAAUCAAGUGUUUUUCUCAAAUUUUGAAUUAAGUACAUUACUAUUCAAGCAUGAAUCAAGCAGAAGUGACAAAGCUGAUGUCGCAGUUGCGAAUAGCCGUCGCGCCGCGACAUCGCAAUCUUAAAAACAUCGAUGGACCCGAGGGCCGGUUAGAUAAAUUGCGCAAAACGGUGACGGCACUGGUGAAACACGAGCGAAUCGAGCUGAACUAUCAACGGGCGGACGAGGCACGAGGGUAUGCCGAGCGGUUGAUCUCCGAUGCGAUACGCCGCGGAGAUUGCCACAAGCCGACGAUGGAGAUGGCCGAUUUUUGGCUGCUGGAGAAACAGCUGGUACACAAACUUUUCAAGGUGCUGGUGCCGCGUUUCGAGGAGUACAAGGUGUCCGCGACAAGGAUGUACAAAGCGCCAAAGGAAUAUCCGGGUUGGUAUCGCAAGCGUGCCGUCUUGGAGCUGCGUGGAAACCCUUACCCUUCGCUACUACCGAACCAGUCCAACAACCGCAACCUCCUACACAACGUACUGAUGGACGAGGCGAAGAAAGACUAUCGAAGGGAAAAGUAUGCCGAAAUAGCGGGACAAAUCGGUAAUGAUACACCAUUGGAUGCAGGCCAGUCGGUUGCGGGACAAGCUACCGAAAGCAAGGAACAACCAAAAGCUUCCAAAGAACAAGUUUAGGUUCUGUGUAAAUAGGAUUAUGCCAUUUGUUUAGAUUAAAGUAGAAACCAAUAAAUAUCACAAAGUGCAACAAAAUAAGAGAUAAAUUCCUCUUCUAGACAAUACA